AUGUUUGGUUUACCAAAAUUGUCAAACAUUUGUAUAUUUAUAAUCCUUUUACUUUUUAUAUUAUUUACAUUAAUUGAAAGUGGUAGAGAUUUUUACAAAAUACUUGGUGUACCCAAAAAUGCUAAUCAAAAUCAAAUAAAAAAAGCAUAUAGAAAAUUGGCUAAGGAACUCCAUCCAGAUAGGAAUCAAGGUGAUGAAAGUUCUAAUGAAAAGUUUCAAGAUUUAGGUGCUGCUUAUGAAGUUUUAUCUGAUCCAAAAUUAAGAAAAAUUUAUGAUAGAAGUGGUGAAGAAGGUCUUAAUAGACAACAACAAGGUGGUGGAGGACAUGAUCCAUUUUCAAGUUUCUUUGGUGACUUUUUUGGUGGUAAUGAACAAGAGGAAACAGUAAAUAAGGGUGCUGAUGUUAAUGUUGAUUUAUGGGUUACAUUAGAUGAAGUUUAUAAUGGUGCCAUUUUAAAUAUUAAGAGAGUUAAAUCAUUAUACAAAGAGACAUCAGGUCAUAGACAAUGUAAUUGUAGAUAUGAAAUGAAAACACAAAAUAUGGGUGGUGGAAGAUUUCAAAUGUAUCAAGUAAAAGUUUGUGAUCAAUGUCCUAAUGUUAAAUUAAUACAAGAAGAUGUUGAUUAUAAUAUUGAAAUUGAAAGAGGUGUUGAAGAAGGAACAGAAAUAUUACAUUCUGGUGAUGGUGAACCACAUAUUGAAGGAGAGGCUGGUGAUUUAACAUUUAAAGUAAAGAUAGAAAAACAUCCCAUAUUUGAGAGAAAAGGAAUGGAUUUGUAUACAAAUGUAACGAUAUCAUUAGAACAAGCUUUAGUUGGUUUUACUUUUGAUAUUAAACAUAUGGAUGGUCACAAAAUAACUAUAUCAAGAGAAAAAAUAACAUGGCCAGGAGCACGUAUUCGUAAGAAGGAUGAAGGUAUGCCAGAUCCAACAGAUCAUACUAAAUAUGGAAUUUUAUACAUAACAUUUGACGUUGACUUCCCAAAAGGAGCUUUAUCAGAAGAGGAGAAAAAGCAAAUUUCAGAAAUCCUAAAGCAACAAUCUUUUGUAGCUAAAGAAUAUAACGGGUUGCAAGGAUAUUAA